CUGUUUCUCUUCCUUUACAAAACCAAAAAACACCACCCACCCCCCUCUCUAUCUCCGCCUGUCUCACACGCAGGUUUCUUCCCGAAAAGGUCUCUUUUCUGUUCUCUUUCUCUAUCUCUCAUUCUAUAUUAGUGUAUACAUUCAAAAUCUAUUUUAUUGUAUUAAUCCCUCAAGUUUCACUCUGUUUCAAGAACUCAAAAAGCUCUUUGGUUCUUGAUUUCUUCAUUAUACAAAAGUUCUCUCUUUAUCCAGGUGUAGUAUUUCUAGAAGAUGGAUUCAGGGGCAGCCUCUUUUCCAAGGAGGAGGACUAGACAACAAUGGGAUAGAUAUUUCGUCGAGGUAAUUGAGAAGAAGAAGAGGUUGAGUCAAAGUGGAAAUCCUCCUCAGUCUUCUAGUACUUGUUCUGUGAAUAUUGGAGAUGAUGUUACAGCUUCUGGUGAUAUAAGAGAAUCAUCUAGUGCAACAGGAAAACUGACUAAAGCAUACACAACUUGUGGAGUUGACUACAGAAAAAUUGGAAAAUGGUCAGAAGAUGAAAGUAUGGUAAGAAGCUUGGACAAAGGUAAAAAAAGGAUGGACAAUGGGAAUAGAAUGCUCAGUCCAGGAACUUGUGAGUCCAUGACGAAACGGACUUUCGUCCAGGUAAUAUCUGAUGAUGAGGAGGACAGUGAGGAGGAGGAGGAGGAGGAGGAGGACAGUGAUCCUGACGUUGUUGUCACUGGGGAGUCUGCUGCGGCGUCUGCUUUAAAUACUGGAUCAGGUUCAGGAUCUUGGUCCAAUUGUGUUGGGUUAAAGAGUCCUAUUGUCACUACAGCAGAUGAGGUUGUUUCAUCUACCUCAAGUAUGUGUAGGACACGGGGUCCUAGUGAGUUGCAUAAAUCAGAGGAGCCAACUGAUUUUGAGGAAUCAGAGGACGAUUGUGUAAAAUCACAAGAGUCUAGUGAUGAUACAACAGAAUCUUCUGAGUCAGAGUCUGAAGCUUCUAGCGAUGAGGAUAAUGAUGACCCCGAAGAUAAGGAUUAUCGGGUGAAUGAGCCAUCAAGUUCUAGCGAAUCAGACGAUGAAGAUGAUCGUGUGAGUUGUCAUAUAGAGCCUCAAGACAAUGAAGAAGGAAAAGGAUCUGAUAUAAGAAUUGGUUUAGAUGAUGAUGAUGAUGGAAGAAAGGAAUCAGAAGAUGAUGAUCCUGUAGAGAAACAAGAAAAUGGAGAAGGAAAAGGGGAGUCAAAUGAGGGGCUACUACCUGGCCUUGUUUUUGAGGGUGAAAAGCAUAGAGGCCGAGCAUAUCUUCUUCGGCCACGCUCACUUUCUAAGUCAAAAAAGAGGAAGUUAAACCAUGGAAAUUGUAGUAGCCCCAUUCUUCUCAGCGAUGACGAGGAGUCUGAAUCCCCAUUUGAAGAGGGCACAAAGGUUGAUGACUCAACGCGAUAUGCUGCUCAAAAGGACAAAGUUGAUAACUUGGUGAAAAAGGUUGCUGAAAAGGAAAAGGCUGAUGAAUCUGUGAAAAAUGCUGCUCAAAAGGACAGAAAGACUCGGAAGAAGUGUGUUCUUAAGGAUCUCGACUUUGUGAAGUUUGUUGUUGAUUCUAUAAGAAAUGUUGAUGAUCAUGAUAAACUUACUUCUCCUGAAGAGAAGGAACAAUUUCCUGUCAAAGAAACACUUCCGUUGAUCUUCCGGUUUGAAGACGAGGACCCUCUCCCCCCGGAGAAAGAAGAAUGGGAAAAAGAAAUCGAGAAUUUAUUUGCUGAAAUGGACAUGGGUAUCUUAGAAUCAUGUAUUGGCUUCACAAAUCCAUCUCUGGUUGAUAAAGUUAGCGGCUGUCAGAUGGGGAACCACCAUCUUAUUUUAGAUGAACAAAUUGGACUCAUCUGUAAAGUUUGUUCACAUGUGCAUCUGGAGAGCAAGUACAUCUACCCUGCUUUUGCUGAGAGAAACCGGGGGAGGCAUGAAAGAAAGUAUUUCGGGGAGUCGUCACCGUUCUUGGAUGUUGAUGGGUUUAGAUUUGAUUAUCCUGCUGCAGUCCAUGAUUCUGCUAUUUAUAUGGAAGGAACUGUGUGGGAUUUAGUUCCUCUGCAUGCCAAAGCAACAAUGUAUCCUCAUCAACGUGAAGGAUUUGAGUUUAUGUGGAAAAAUAUUGCUGGAGAUAUAUACCUUGAGAAGCUGAGCGAGCCUUUAUCUGCUAGUAGGGGAGGAUGCAUAAUCUCACAUCCACCUGGAACCGGAAAAACCCGUCUGACCAUAGUAUUUCUUCAGGCAUUUCUGAAGCAGUUUCCAAAGUGUCGGCCUGUAAUCAUAGCUCCGCCCAAGUUGCUGUCUAACUGGGAAGCCGAGUUCCAGAAAUGGGAGGCGGACAUUCCCUUCCACAACUUGAACAACAAUGAUUUCUCAUGCCAAGAAGAUGAAGUCACGGUUGGUCUCUACCACUGUUUAUCCCAUGCCGGAAGAAAAAACAAACACCCUAUACGUAUGGUGAAGCUGAAAUCCUGGGCUAAAAGUAAGAGUGUAUUGGGGAUCAGCUAUGACUUGUUCGAGAAGCUCACUGGAGAAAAUGGAGAUGGUUAUUCCAAAGAGAUUAGAGAAAUACUUCUAACAUUACCUGGUCUUGUGGUCCUCGAAGAAGGGCAUACUCCUCGGAAUGAGCAAAGCCUUUUGUAUAAAGCUAUGACUAAGGUUGAAACGCAGAGGCGCAUACUUUUGUCUGGAACUGUCUUCCAGAAUAACUUUAAAGAGUUGUACAACACCCUCCGCGUAGUUUGUCCAAAGUUUGCUGCAGAAUCUGAGCAGAAAUGGGCUUCUCUUAGCAAUUCUAUUGACACGAAUACCCGAGCAUUGGAAGAGCUUAGGGAUAUGAUUGCACCACUAAUCCAUAUAUGUAGUGAAAAUGUAAAGAUGAAAAGCCUUCCGGGUAUAAGGGACACACUGGUAUACUUGAAGCCCACAGAUUUGCAGAAGAAGUUGCUCAAUAUGAUUCCAGAGUAUCCAGGCUCAUUUGACUUUCGAAAUAUGGUGUCUCUGAUCUCUGUUCAUCCUUCAUUAGUGGCAAAUAAGAAGGUGUUCUCUGACUUAGAAAGUCAGCUAAAUGAAAGAGAAUGUCGGUUGGAUCCAAAUACUGGAGUAAAAACAAAAUUUGUCGUUGAACUAAUCCGACUCUGUGAUGGCAUGAGAGAGAGGGUUAUAGUAUUCAGCCAGUUACUUGAUCCUCUAAGACUGAUCAAGGAGCAACUCAAUUCUCUCUUUCAUUGGACUUUAGGCCGAGAGAUUCUAUAUAUGGAUGGGGAACUUGAUGUGAAGCAGCGCCAGAAAUCAAUAAGUUCUCUUAAUGAUCCUAAGAGUGAUGCGAAAGUGCUGCUCGCAUCAAUAACGGCCUGUUCGGAAGGAAUAAAUCUUAUAGGGGCCUCAAGAGUAGUUUUUCUUGAUGUUCACUGGAAUCCCUCGGUAGAACAGCAAGCUGUCAGUCGAGCCUACAGGAACGGUCAGACUAAAUUUGUGCAUGUUUACUGUCCAGUGGCAUCGAAAUGGGAGGUUAACAAGAUCGAACAGCAGACGAGGAAAAAAUAUCAUUCUGGUGUACUUUUGUCUAGGAAUGAAGUGAAUACUUGCAAGACAAAUCCUUCUUGUUCUGUGCUGGAGGACAACAUACUAGAAUCCAUGGUUCAGCAUGAGAGUCUCCGCCAUAUUUUUGAAGAGCUACCUCAUGAACCCCGUGCCUAUGGCUUUAAUUCUUGUAACCAACCUCCAAAAGCGAGCAUUUAAGUCAGUUUGGGAAUUUUAGGAAGCUUCUCCUGCACAGUGAAGAUUGCUUCGAGUGUUUUUGCGUAUGGGAAGGACACUUUUUUGUAGGACAUACAGCUGAGCGUCGAGGAAUUUUUGAAGCCACACCCUUCUCUGUUGUAUUAUAUGACAGGCAUUUUGAUGCGGUUUUGUGGGUUUGAAAAGAAAAAGGAAGCAAGAAUGUGCAGAUUCACACCUUGUUAAUGAAGAAAUGUUGAUUCUCAAGUGGCAGAUACAAGUUUUGAUGUUCUUGUAACUGUAGAAAACACUGUUUUGCCAGUCAAAUUAUUUGUUUCAGAGCUGUGAAACAUCUCUUGCUUCUUUUUAUCUAUUAGCCUUGUAUAUGGGAAGCAUAUGCUUUAACACAAUUGUAUUUGGCUCAAGCCUUUUGGUAAAUUGUACAUAAUAUUAUUCAAGUUGUAGAUA